AUGACAGCUAGAAACCCCGGCAAGAACACCCGCCCAAAGCAGAGUCCGACGACACCAAAACCAAGCACAGGGGGGCAGUCGAGCGACGAGCCGUUGGAGGUUGCUGCGCCCCAGAUCACGCGCGUGGCCUCAGGCGUCCAACGAGAAAACAGCAAUAAUCGGAGACUACUACUUUUUGCGGAGAGUCCCCCGGCGUUUUCGGCCAAGAGGACGGUGGGCGUUGCCUUAGGCCACAGCUCCACCUGGGGAACCGCCAGCCAGCGCGUCCUUGGAACGCAGCCGACCCCCCAUAAGUCAGAGGGUAGCCUAGAUCCCGUAGGACCGCAAAAGCUCCUGGCGCAGGGUUCGAACCCCGGCCUCCAUGCACCCCGUAGGGCGUUCAACCAACUGCACCACGACGCGCUUGACGCUCUGGCGGCGGCGUCCUUCCUUCGCUCUGAGACGAGGUUCUUCGCCCUUGCUGAUCGACUCCAACUGGAAUCUCCUGCUCGCCCACGGACAAAACGUUCCCAGACUCCGGGCUACCAGUGGCCGCUGUCGUUGGUUGACUCCGACUACAUGCUCGCGCUACGCUACUUGGGUUGGACGCGAGGGCGUGUAGCUAAUCAUUGGCUCGUCUGUCGCGGGAGGUCGGAUCUCGUGGCGGGAGGCGCGCCCCCACCGACGCUGCGCCGGCAGCGCCAACGCGUUGGUGUUGCCGUCCUACGCCAGCGACGUGAAAAUACUUCGGGUUUCGGCCUGCUACGUCCAGUUUUAUACGUCCUGGGCACGCUCUCCGAAAUUUUAAGGCUAAACGGAGGACGGGACAAAUGGGGACGUCGGGGACAAACGCAUGCGUUCGCCUGCGAACGAGCGACUGCUUUCGCCCGCCCAAACUGGCGCCGCAGAAUAGGGGCUCAAAAGGCGCCAGAAGGAGCAGAGAGCAGCGGUACCGCGCAGAUUUUUCUGCGCAGCGAUCCUACUUGCAACAAGAAACUCGGACGUUUGCAUUCCUGUGCCAAAUUGCCUGGCCGAUUCAGCCUGGGCGAGGUCGAAAUAGGGCGAGAUUCAAGCGGGGGCCCGGCGAAGACCCUCUCUGAUUGA